UAUAAAAACAGUCAGUCUUCCAUAAAAUCUUGCAUAGAAUAUUUGAAGCAACGUCUAAAAUCUCUAAUUCAUAAAUUUGAUUGCAACCCCUCCUUUUUUACUUCUAACUAAACCAAAUCGUGAUUUGUUGCAUCACGGAGGUCAGGUAGCCAUUUGAGAGAAGAUGGAGAAAAUGGGCAAUUGUAAAAACGGAGGAGGACCUCGCCUUUGCUCUCUUUGUAAUCUGAAAAGACCUGCACUUAAACGCCCCAAAACUCUGCAACAGAUUUGCAAGGAAUGUUUCUACGAUGUGUUUGAACAAGAGAUUCACACUUGCAUAAUUGACAAUAAGCUGUUUAAGCCUGGGGAGCGUGUUGCUAUUGGUGCUUCUGGUGGAAAAGAUUCCACUGUGCUUGCAUAUGUUAUGUCAGAGUUAAAUCGUCGACACAACUAUGGCUUGGAUCUCUUCCUAUUAUCUAUAGAUGAAGGCAUCACAGGUUACAGGGAUGACUCACUUGAAACUGUCAAGAGGAAUGAAAUUCAAUAUGGGCUGCCCUUGAAAGUAGUUUCAUACAAAGAUUUGUAUGGGUGGACUAUGGACGAGAUAGUGAAGAUGAUAGGGUUAAAGAACAACUGUACUUUCUGUGGGGUAUUCAGACGUCAGGCCCUGGACCGAGGAGCUGCAAUGUUGAAAGUAGAUAAGCUUGUUACUGGACACAAUGCAGAUGAUAUUGCAGAGACAGUACUCUUGAAUAUAUUACGUGGGGAUAUUGCAAGAUUGAGUAGAUGCACCUCAAUAACAACUGGCGAAGAUGGACCAAUUCCUAGAUGCAAGCCGUUUAAGUAUACAUACGAGAAGGAGAUUGUUAUGUAUGCAUAUUUCAAGAGGCUGGAUUACUUUUCUACUGAAUGCAUUUAUUCUCCAAAUGCUUACCGAGGUUUUGCACGGGAAUUCAUCAAAGAUUUGGAGAGAAUAAGACCCAGAGCAAUACUGGACAUCAUCAGAUCAGGGGAGAGUUUUAGAAUCGCCAAUUCUACAAAGAUGCCUGAGCAAGGUACCUGUGAGCGUUGUGGUUAUAUAUCAAGCCAGAAAUGGUGCAAGGCUUGUGUUUUGCUUGAUGGAUUGAAUCGUGGUCUUCCUAAGCUGGGAAUAGGGAGAAGUCGAGGUCAUGACAAUGAUUGUAAAGAGGAAACUAAGCAAAUGCAAGGAAGCAAAGAGGUCCAAGGAAAACCAUGUGGAGCUUUAGACUUCUGACGCUAAUUUUGCGUUACUUUUCCUGGUGAGGUAGGAACAAGAAAUUUUGAACUGAUCAUUUGAAUGCAGUCAAUUUUAUGGCAACUGCUUUUGGGCGAAAUCGGAAUAGUGAUGUAAGUACUGCUUGAACAAGGAGUAAUUUGAGGCACAGAGUGCAAAUAGUGUAGGUUCAGUUCGUUUCUUGCAGAGGCUCCCUUCAACCGUAUGAACUAUUUAUCCAACUUUCAACAAAGUCUAUCGAUUCUUUUGCAAUAAUAUAUGAGCUACUCUUGUGAGAGGCUGUCUCUCGGUAAACGAUCUCAUAACAAGGAGCCCAUACGCUAAUAGUUUGUAUUAGUCGGGCUAUUCAACCCAUGCAUGGGCCGUAUCUCACAGUGAGACUGUCUCAUACAAGAACUUGUGAUAAUAUAUUUGCCUUUCGCUCGACCUGCUCUUCAAGGAUUUGACAGUCGUCUUCUUUCUCGAAGUAGAACUUGGCUUAAGUUUGCUUUUGUAUUAUGCUUAUGAUUUACUGAAACUGGCUGAGAUUUUCAUAUUGGAACAUGGUUAUUCAGCUGGAUGUAUUUUAAUUUGUAAAGUUUGUGGUAGAUUAUUUAAUUUGGUUGGCAGUUAAAUUUUUUUUUUCAA